UCAUCGCAUAGCAAUAACGCUGUGCGUCUUUAAGUUCGUUCUGAACAAUUAUAAGCCCAUAAGAAAUUAAUGUCUCUGUUUGAUUACAUAAAAGUGAUUAUUUGAUGCAAGUGGGUUACAAUUUUGUUAUUAUAAACGUCUUUUAUCCAAAAACGGGAGGUGUAACGUGAACAUUAUUUCCCGCACUUGCUCGAGUUGCAAACAAUAAACUGAAUGAUGCAAGUAGUUAACUAAUAUAGACUGAGUCGUAAAAUUAAAUUGGAAAAUUAUGUGUGAAAAACAAUAGUGUGCCAAAAGUUGAUUGAGUAUAAGAGAUAUUUGAUUGACUGAUCAAAAUACAAACUAUUACCAUCCACUGCAGAUCGUACGGACUGAAGCCAGAACAUGUUAUCGAUGGAGCUGUUGCUAAUGUUUGUGACAACGUUGCUAGCAGGAUUAUAUUUGCAUAACAAAUUCAAAUAUCGCAACUUUCCGAAAGGUCCAAUGGGUCUACCGAUUAUCGGUUAUUUACCAUUCCUUGGUCCGACACCACAUCGUCGAUAUUCGGAACUAGCCAAAAUCUACGGAAACAUUUUUAGUUUGAUGUUCGGGCAGCUGCCAGUGGUUGUACUGAAUGACUUAGAAACUAUCAAAAAAGCAUUUCGCCACGAAGUAUUCUCGGGAAGACCCAACAAGCAAGUACUUGCCAUGGGAAUUGUGAAAGGAGGAAUGACAUUCAGUGAUGGGCAAGAGUGGACAGAACAACGACGAUUCACACUAAAAAUACUUAAAAGUUUAGGGUUCGGAAAGAGUUCGUUGGAAGGGUCGGUGAAAGAAGAAUGCUCUCGCUUGCUUGGAUAUUUUAAAACCAAAACGGAUCGUCCCAUUAAUUGCAAGCAAAUAUUUGAAAUAUCUGUGAUGAACACUUUGUGGUUGAUAAUUGCUGGAGAAUCUCAUGACUAUGAUGAUCCGAAGGCCUUGAGAUGGCACCAGUUGGCCUAUGAAGGACUUAUAGAGCCAGCUGUAGCUGGUCCUGUUUGGUUUAUGCCAUGGCUUGCACGGCUUGCACCCGAGAGAACCGGAUUCACAAAACUUUUGGAAGCCGUUCAAGAUCUCCGGAAUGAAUUCCGAAUUCUUAUUGAAAAGAGGCAGGCAACCCGUUCUAAAGACAUCCAAAACGAUUUCUUGGACUAUUACUUGACAGAAAUCGAGGCAACGGAUGACGACAGCAGCAGUUUCUAUAAGGACGUUGGUGUUAACAAUCUCAUCGACUUAUUAAUAAAUCUUUUCGCUGCCGGGUCGGACACUACCACAGCCACCCUGUGUUGGGGUUUUCUUUAUUUACUGAAAUAUCCAGCCGUGUACGCGAAAUGGAAAACUGAAUUGGAUAAGAUUGUCGGCCGAGGAAAUUUACCAACAUUGAACGAUAGACCAAAAAUGCCAUACACAGAAGCCGUUCUGCACGAGCUACUACGAAUCACGUCAGUCACAUCUGGUGGACUUUUACACUGCACCACCGAUAACGUGCGAUUCGAAGGAUAUGAUUUUCCGAAGGGCACAAUCAUAUUACCGAAUCUAUACGGAUGUCAACAUGACGAAGCUACGUGGGGUGAUCCAGAUGUAUUUCGACCGGAAAGAUGGUUGAAUCGUGACGAAACCGAAUUUGUGAAAGACGAUAGAUCAAUUCCAUUUUCAGUGGGAAAACGUAUUUGUCCGGCCGAACAUUUAUCCCUUUUGAAUCUAUUCAUAUUUUUCACUAGCCUGAUUCAGACGUUCGACUUUGAAGCUACUGAUGCUGGACUGCCGACGUUGGAGGCAAAACCGGGUCUGGUGCUACAUCCGCAACCAUAUGAAGUUUUACUUCGUUUACGAUAAAUGUAACUGAAUUCGUAGAAUAGACGUUGCCAACACCAUUU